ACAUUUUUAUAAUUUAUUUAUUUUUGUGAAAAAUGAUAAUUUAAUUUAAUUAGGAAAAAUAAACCUGAAGGUCAAACUACCAAGAGCAAUUGACGAAGAACAAGUGAGCGCACCCACGUCGUCUUCUUCCUCCUCCGAUCCUCCCCUUUUCCUCUUCUCAACUCUCAACUGAAGUGGCCCUCAGCUGAUCCACUGUUUUUCAAUUUUCCUGGAACGUCAUCCACUGUUCAUCUCUUCACAUUCCUCUUCAUUAUCAAAUCUUACAUCGAAAUCCAAACUUCAUCAUCAACCUGCAAAAAUAUCUCUGUUCUCGGACAAAUCCCGCGCACUUCACUCUCCAGACACGUAAAUCAAACUCGAAAAACUCAAAACCCAUCACGGGAAUCAGUCAAUCGAAAGCUGAAACCCAAUGGCCUUCGACGCCGUCAACGAAGAAAUCCUACACGCAAUCCUCGACCGACUCCACGACCCACUCGACAGGAAAUCGUUCUCACUAGUCUGCAAAUUGUUUAAUUCCGUCGAGUCCCAGCACCGCAAGACCCUAACCCCUCUCCGCAUCGACCUCCUCCGCAGAACCCUCGCCAGAUACCCAUUUCUCCAGCGCCUGGACUUCACUCAAUGCCCUCGCGUCGACGACGCUUCCUUGGAUUUCAUCUCCGAAUCGUGCAAAUCGACAUUGAGGUCCAUCAACCUCUCGAGAUCGCGGCAUUUCACGAGCGCGGGUAUCUCUAGGUUGGUUCUGAACUGCUCGGAGUUAGUGGAGAUCGAUCUGUCGAACGGUAUGGACAUUACGGAUACGGCGGCGGCGUCGAUAGCGGAGGCGAAGAAUUUGGAGAAGUUGUCGUUGGGGAGGUGCAAGCUGGUUUCUGAUAUAGGGAUUGGGUGUGUAGCUGUUGGGUGCAGGAAGCUAAGAGUGGUUUGCUUGAGGUGGUGCUUGAGGGUUACUGAUUUGGGGGUGGCUUUGAUUGCUAUGAAGUGCAAGGAGAUUCGUGCUUUAGACCUUUCUUACUUACCGAUCACCAGCAAAUGCCUGCAACCAAUCCUGCAACUGCAACAUCUCAAAGAUUUGGUUCUUGUGGGAUGCCUUGGCAUUGAUGACAAUGGGCUUGCAACCUUGAAGCAUGGGUGCAAUUCACUAGAGAAAUUAAAUAUCGCAAAUUGUCAAAAUAUCACCCAUGUGGGUUUGUCUCCCCUAACAAGAGGCACUGCAUGCCUACACCAGCUUUCCUUGGCAUAUGGCUCUGUUGUCACAGCUGAUCUGGGAAAAUGCCCGCAGAACUUUUCAGAGUUGCAAUCUGUUAAAUUAGACGGUUGCUUGGUUACAUGUUCUGGGAUGAUGACCAUUGGAAAUUGGUGUGCAUCCCUCAAGGAGCUGAGUGUAAGUAAGUGCUUGGGAGUUACAGAUGAGGGUCUCUCCCCCGUAGUGCGAAAACACAAAGAACUGAGGAAAUUGGACAUUACAUGCUGUCGCAAGAUAACUCACGUCUCUAUAGACAGCUUAACAAGUUUGUGCUCUUUCCUCACGUCGCUCAGAAUGGAGUCUUGUAGCCUGGUCUCCAAAGAAGCUUUUGUUUUGAUUGGGCGAUGUGAGUUCUUGGAGGAAUUGGAUGUCACAGAUAAUGAAAUUGAUGAUGAAGGUCUGAAAUCCAUUUCAAGAUGCCGCAAGCUUUCUAGUUUAAAGCUAGGUAUUUGUCCAAAUGUUACUGAUGGUGGACUUACCCAUAUUGGCCUUUGUUGUCCAAAACUUACAGAGCUUGAUUUGUACAGGUCUGUUGGGAUAAGCGAUGUGGGAAUCGCUGCAAUUGCACGUGGUUGUCCGGCACUGGAAAUGAUUAACAUAGCUUACUGCAGUAACGUCACUGAUGCUUCCUUAGUCUCAUUGUCUAAAUGUUUGAGGUUAAAAAUACUGGAAAUUCGAGGAUGUUCAUGUGUCUCAUUGGUGGGCCUUUCCACUAUUGCUAUGGGGUGUAGGCGACUUACCAUGCUAGAUAUAAAGAAGUGCUAUAAUAUUAAUGACUCUGGAAUGCUUUCACUUGCUCAAUUUUCCCACGAUCUCAAACAGAUAAACUUGUCAAAUUGUUCAGUAACAGAUGUUGGGCUCUUAGCGGUGGCCAGUAUUGGCCGCCUGCAGAACCUUACCAUCUUGAACCUGACAGGUUUGAGUCCGAGUGGCUUGAUGGCUGCUUUGUCGGCUAGCAGAGGGCUAAUGAAAGUUAAGCUUCACUCAUCCUUUAAACGGCUGCUUCCUCGGUCCCUUCUAGGCCAAAUGGAGGCCAGUGGGUGCGUGUUUCAGUGGAGGGACAAAGCAUUCCAGCAGCACCGAGACACCUGCGUCUCAGGAGAUAGUUUCGAGUCCUGAAUCUCCAAGUCCAGGACUCCCCAGCAAGAUGCCCGCGUUGGAGGUCUCAAGUUGAAAGCUCAGUUAGACGGGAUACAGGACUGAUAGUUUCGAGUCCUGAAUCUCCAAGUCCAGGACUCCCCAGCAAGAUGCCCGCAUUGGAGGUCUCAAGUUGAAAGCUCAGUUAGACGGGGUACAGGACUCGGAUGGGCUACUCUGUUCAACCAAGUGCCACUGGGAGCGAUAAGAACAGAUUUCUUUAUUUCUUGUCUGGGCAAAGCCCAUCAUGUAAUAAUCAAUUGAAUAAUUUCUUUAUGUGCUGAAGAAUUGACCACUAUAUUGGCUUCA